AUGAGGAGAGCUGCUCUGAAAACUCUCCUCUCUUUACUCUGUCUAGCAGCAACGGUUUGUCAGGCUAAGGACACUUGUCCAGAGGUGAGGGUAGUGGGUCUCAACGGUACCGAGAAACUUACCAUUGUGCAAGGCUGCCCCGGAAUUCCGGGUGCUAUAGGGCCCAGAGGAGACCAAGGAACUGCAGGAAAUACAGGAGAACUGGGACCUCCGGGGUUCCCUGGAAAGGCAGGAAAAGCUGGCCGAAAAGGAGAAAGAGGUCUUGUUGGCCCCCAUGGAGUGAAAGGAGACACGGGAGACCCUGGACCUCCUGGAAUACCUGGAGAGGAACUGCUGGAAGAGAUGCAGUGUCAGAAAGGAGCAAAGAACUGCAAGGAGCUCUUAGCUAGAGGGAACAUCAUGAGCGACUGGUACACCAUCUACCCCCGUGACUGUAAUGCCAUGACCGUGCUGUGUGACAUGGACACAGAUGGUGGAGGAUGGAUUGUGUUCCAGAGACGGGUGGAUGGCUCCAUGGAUUUUUACCGUGACUGGAAUUCAUACAAGAGAGGUUUUGGCAGCCGGAUGUCAGAAUUUUGGCUGGGGAACGACAAUAUCCACCUGCUGACAUCCCUUGGUCGCAACGAGCUUCGCGUCGAUCUCAGAGAUUUUGGCACCAACUAUCAAUUUGCUCUCUUCUCAUCAUUCAAAAUUACAGGGGAGAAUGAGAAAUACAAGCUGAUCCUUGGAGACUUUGUGAAUGGCACUGCAGGGGAUUCCUUAACUGAACACAAUGGUAUGAUGUUUACAACCUACGACCAUGACAACGACUUGUCUGUACUUAACUGUGCUGAAGCCUUUAAAGGGUCCUGGUGGUACAGGGAUUGUCAUGUGUCCAACCUGAAUGGAUUACACCUGAGUGGAGCCCAUGAAAACUAUGGUGCUGGGGUGAAUUGGUCUACAGGCAAAGGGCACCAGUACUCCUACUGGCUGUCUGAGAUGAAAAUUAGGCCCGUGUAG